AUGGACCACAAUUGGAAGUUUUCCCAAUGCUUCGGCGAUAAGGGAGAUAUUGAGAACAUCACGGAAGCUGACAUCAUCUCGACAGUUGAGUUCGACAGCACGGGCACUUUUUUGGCCACUGGUGACAAAGGUGGCCGUGUGGUGUUGUUUGAGAGAAACGGCAAUAAGAAGAAUAGCUGUGAGUACAAGUUCUUUACCGAGUUCCAGAGUCACGAUGCCGAGUUCGACUACCUCAAGUCGUUGGAGGUGGAAGAGAAGAUCAAUAAGAUUCAGUGGUUACGUUCGCUGAAUAACCUGUUGUAUCUCUUGUCGACAAACGACAAGACCAUCAAGUUGUGGAAGAUUAUGGAGAGGCAAGUGAGACUUGUCAGCGAGAACAACUUGAACGGAAUGGACCAUUUGCCUUCGGGUAAGACCAACGUGGGUGACUUGAAGUUGCCCAAGAUGACUUUCCACGAUAAGUUAAUCCUGGCCCAGCCGAAAAAAAUCUACUCCAACGCUCAUGCUUACCAUAUCAACUCCAUCUCCGUCAACUCCGACCAAGAGACAUACCUAUCGCUGGACGACUUGCGCAUCAACUUGUGGAACUUGGAUAUCUCUGAUCAAUCCUUUAACAUUGUCGAUAUCAAGCCCACUAAUAUGGAGGAGCUCACUGAGGUGAUCACCUCUGCGGAGUUUCAUCCUCAGCAUUGCAACUUAUUCAUGUAUUCCCUGUCCAAAGGCACCAUCAAGUUGCUGGAUAUGAGAUCCAAUUCCUUGUGUGACACUCACGCAAAGAUCUUUGAGGAAUACUUGGACCCGGCGUCGCAUAAUUUCUUCACCGAGAUCACUUCAUCUAUCCUGGACGUUAAAUUCUCCCAGGACGGUCGUUACAUUGUCUCCAGAGAUUACAUGACUGUGAAGCUCUGGGAUUUGGCCAUGGAAAGAAAGCCCGUGGCCACGAUUAAUGUUCACGAACACUUGAGAGACCGUUUAUGUGAUACCUAUGAAAAUGAUGCCAUCUUUGAUAAGUUUGAGGUUCAGUUCGGCGGAGACAACCGUUCCGUCAUGACAGGCUCCUACAACAACAACUUCAUGAUAUAUCCUAAUGCUGUCAAUUCUAGUAACUCUACACUCAAUUCCAAUAAGCAAGGAUUGGAUUUGUCGCUGUUCUCGCUCAAGAAGGGAGGCCAAAGAGGAAGCGACGACGAGGACAAGAAUGGAGCGCAAAACAAUGAUGACGAUGACGAUGAUGAUUCCGAAGAAGAUGCCAAACUCUUUGCUCCUCCUGGCCAGGGCUUCCCACAGUCGCCAAAACCUGGCGAUGAUGAGCAGGAGGAGAUUAUCUUGCAGGCCGACAAGUCUGCGUUCAAGUCAAAGAAGUCAGGCCAAGAAGGAACUACACGUCGUCGCAUGAUGAGCGGAGUCGGUAGUGGAGGAGUGGAUAACGACUACAUUGACUUCAAAAAGAGCAUUUUACAUUUGUCGUGGCAUCCACAGGAAAACCUGGUUGCCAUUGCAGCCACGAAUAAUCUUUACAUUUUCUCGACAUUGUGA